AUGGAGCUGCCACAUUUUGCAGUCCCCUUACUGUCAUCGUACACUCUGGAAGCGAGUAUUACUGACUGGAAGUGGAGAUACCUGGCGAGUGUGCUGCUUGCAGUGCUUAACUGGAUCUCUCCUUUGCAUCUUGCGGGGUAUGUACACUAUCUAUUUCGCUUCUCGGUGCACGGUCAGCAACACCCGCAGUCAGUUGCAGACUCUCAACGUCUGCGAGUUUCCCUUCUCGACGGUCCGUUUCCAGACUUCGAAGUCGGUUCGCCGAUUGCGCUGUACAACGCCAAUAGUCAACGAGGUGGCGGCGUGCCUCUAGCUCAUGCAGAAGCGUGUCGACGGAUUGCAGAAGAUGCCCGAGCAUUGGGCAGAUUGAGUUUUUCACUCGACGUUUGGGUGGAGUUCGUCGAUCGCGUAGCUGGACGUCGCAAAGUAGGGUAUCUACUGCAAGUUGAAGAUGUCACCAGGCAUAUUCGACGUACAGUGAUGCGCAGUGCUACAACGGUCAAGAACGCGCUGCUUCUUCUACGUCUCGAGCAUCAGAUCGACCGGAAAGAAACAGAGCGUGAGACUGGCAUCUCUGAAAUUGAAGACCCAGACACGGACGAGUCUGUAGACUUCCAGAGCUUGAGCGUUGAAUCGCGGGAGUAUCGCUACGAGCAGAUCGAACACGAGACGUCAGCUGUGGCCCACGUUCUCGAUCAAAUAGCGUCAACGCCAUCCCAAGGACGUCUUCGAUGGCGACUACCGCAGCGCUGCUACCAGAACCAGUUGGAGAAGGCCACACUCUACCGAUGCCUCAUGUCUCCGUCGCGCUUGCCUUCUGUACCAAGUUACCGAGCAAUUGGUGUGCAGAUGAACGAGUCUCAACACUUGGCUAUGAAUGUCGUGGCGGAAGCUGGAGUAUAUCGACUACACGGUGCUGGCGAUGGAACGAUACCACUGCUGCGUCAGGAGUGGUUUAUCGUGUCUGCAGACAACUUGCACUUCUUCAGAUCGUACUCGGUGGCUCCAUCUCUGAGUGUUCCUGUCACCAACGUGCUCAAUGUUCGCAGCGUCGACCACGUGGGAUUACUGGAUGGUAACAAACCUAUCGAUGUGCACCACGAACAAGGCGCAGUGUCGCAAUGGUUUUGUCUGGAGAUUCACCUCGUGCUGGAAGUUCUCACGCUGUUUGUAGAGACUCAAAUAGAGCGUGACAGCCUAGUUGCAUCACUGCAGCCUCUGACAAUUGACGACUGUGACCUCCACGUCAAGACAGAAGCUGUGGCGGUGUCUCCACUCUUCUCUCCCAUGACGUUGGAUUCUCAGCAUCAGCCUGUUUGUCUUAACCAUCGCACAUGUCGAAUAGCUGACUCAGUUCUGAAAGAUAUCGACGCAUCAACUCCACUGAAGCUGGUACAGGACAGCUUGACAGAUGGACUCAACGUCUUCGCUCUGGGGGAGAAAGCUUCUCGUCUUCGCAUCAACAGAAGCACCGUUCUUGCCUUCCUCGACAAGGUCGAAAAGCUUAACUGUCUUGAUCUGGAUAAACUUGCAUCUCGAGUGUCGAGCGAAGAUCGAUUCGCUCUGGGGCUGAAUCUGUACCACACGCUCUUCAUCCACGCUGUGCUCGUUUUCGGCUACCCGCAGACGCACGAACAGUGGAAGUUACUGCAAACUGUACCGUGCUACCUCAUGCGUGUCAAAAACAAGAGUGAGUCAGUAAGAUAUACGCUGGCUGACAUCCAGCGUGUUAUGCUGCGCUGUCCUGUGCCGGUGACGUUGGAAGCCUCCAGUAUCAAGCGGAGUAUAUCCCAGAAUGCGCUUAUGGAUCUCGCUAUCGGCGGUGGAGAUGCUAUCGAUGGAUUGUCUAGAGCUGUUCUGGGUGUGUUGUGGACGCCUGUGCUGCCGAAUAGCAGCUCUUAUGCUGCUAUCAAGAAGACUCCACUUCCCAUUCCAACUGGACUGGCAGUGGAUACCGCAGAUAUUCGCACGUGUUUUGUGCUUCAGAUCAACAGCUCACCCCCAACGCUCAAAACGAGGGGAAUCAUGCGCGUAUACGACGGUGGACAGAAGCUGAACGAACAGCUGACUGCUACGUGCACAACGUUUCUGAGUCGAGAGCUUCGGUUGAACGAAGUGAACCGCGUCAUCUACUUACCUCGGGUCUGUGAAUGGUAUCGUGUGGGUAGCUACCCAGACGAAGACAGUGAUGACAAGAGAAGAAUGGGUCCGCUAACUCAGCGUCGUCGUCGAAGAAGUAGCAGCGGAAGUGCCAGCGGAGUGGCGGCACUGCCGACAUCUCGAGGCUUUUACUGCUUGCAACGAUUGCUUGGGUAUAUGGAAGUGGAACAGCAUCAUCGUGCGUUACAUUUGCUGCUUGGUGCGGGUGAAGAAUGUCGCUUUAUAUUCGACGAAUUCUGGACGAAGCCGAGCCGGUCAACAGCUGCGAGUUUGUUGAGCAGCGCUGGAAAUGUUGCACUCUCCGUCUUUACAAGUGCAAUUUCUAGCAAUAUGUCGAGUAUCACGCGCCCUCUAGACGAAAAGCCCGUGGACGCACUUCUAUUCUGACAAUUUGUAGCGAUAUGCAAAAUAAAAUAUGUACAACGCA